AUGUCCUCACCCGCAUCCUCAUCGACCCACUCGGGCAAGCGAAAGCGACCCUCAACCACCGACCCCAACUUCGACAUGAUGGAUCCCGCCCUGCAGCCGUCGUCGCGCGAUGCCUCCGGCGAGGAGGGUGACACCACCGCCCCCGAGUCCGGCAAGCUCCAGAACCGGAAGCAGCUCGACAACGCCACCUCGUCGUCCCUGUCGGCCCACCCGCCCAAGAGGCAGCGGGCCAGCUCGGACCGCGCCAGCGCCAUUGCCGAAGCCAGGAGCCAAUCCGCCGCCGACCCGGGCGAGCCCAGCGACACCACCGAAGCGAGUGUUGAUAUUGCUGAGAGGGUCGGCCGUAGGGGUAGGAAGCCCUCGCUGAUCACCAAGGAGAAUGAGAACGGCACCGAGAAGCGCGCGAUGCCCCCGCCCCCUAUUGGAACCUUGUCUGAUCCCGCGGGAUACAAGACGAAUCCUCCACCGGUUGGAAGGCCGGUUAGGGUAUAUGCGGAUGGUGUCUUUGAUCUGUUCCAUCUAGGACACAUGCGACAGCUCGAACAGGCAAAGAAGGCCUUUCCCGACGUUUACCUGAUUGUUGGCGUCACCGGCGACGAAGACACACACAAGCGCAAGGGUUUGACGGUCCUGUCUGGCGCCGAACGCGCCGAGACGGUACGCCACUGCAAGUGGGUCGACGAGGUUGUCGAGAACUGCCCCUGGAUCGUCACCCCCGAAUUCCUCGACGAGCACAAGAUUGACUACGUUGCGCAUGAUGAUAUCCCCUACGUCGCCGAUGAAGGCGACGAUAUUUACCAACCGAUCAAGGAGGCUGGAAAGUUCCUUGCUACGCAGCGUACCGAGGGUGUGAGCACCACUGGUAUCAUUACCAGAAUCGUCCGCGACUAUGAAAAAUACCUCGCCCGGCAGUUCAGGCGCGGCGCCUCUCGUCAGGAACUAAACGUCAGCUGGCUCAAGAAGAACGAAAUGGAUCUCAAGCGCCACGUCCAGGACCUGCGCGAUAAUAUCCGCACCAACUGGUCCACCACCGGUCAGGAGCUCAGCCGCGAGCUUCGCCAGUUCUGGCCCGCGAGCCGACCCCAGAGCCCUGCCCGCCACGCCUACAUAUCCAACGGCGAAACGUUGUCUCCCGUGUCCGCGCUGAGGUCGCCUGGCCAACCCGGCGGACAGGGCAGUAUGAACGACUUUGUGGCCGGGUAUGCUGUGGGGCUUAUCGGUGGUGUGCGAUCAUGGAUGACGAGGAGCCGCAAUCGGGACAUGGAUAGUCGACCUGUCAGCGACGACGACUCCGAGGAGAGCGGUUCUGACAAGGUACAGGUGCAGAGGCCUGUGUCGUCGAAGAUUUAG